AUGCCUCCGAAAAGAAAGGCGGACGGGCCAGUGGCGGCACCCUCGACUGCCAAAGCCCUCCCCAAGAAAUCCGUUCCUCGGAAGUCCGCCUUGAAAGAGCCAACUGUCCCCAAGCAGGCUGAGACAGAAACGUCAUCCACUCGCGCCGAGACCUCCAAAAGUGAGAAGCCUACUCGAAAACCUCACCACCAUGCAGAUAGCUUCGACGCUGCGCUGGAACCUUUCUACUACGACAAAUCUCUCACAGACCCUAUCGACACCGCCCGAGAUAAGUGGAAUCUCGUCCCAGCUUUCCUCAAGGUCAAAGGAUUGGUCAAGCAACACAUCGAGUCGUUCAACCACUUUGUGGAAAUUGAGUUAAAGAAGAUCAUUGAUGCUGAACCCGUCAUUACCAGUGAUAUAGAUCCAGAUUUCUACAUCAAAUAUGAGAACAUUUAUAUCGGGAAGCCCUGUCGCUCAGAGGAGAGUCCCGACUCCUUUGGGCGCAGUGAGGAAUCAACCGUGACUCCCAACGAAUGUCGUCUGAGAGAUAUGACAUAUGCUGCUCCAAUCUUGGUUGAUGUUCGCUACACAAAGUCAAAAAUGGCAUAUCGCAGGAAGGGAAUGCCCAUUGGAAGAUUACCCAUUAUGCUGCGAAGUUCGAGAUGUUUCUUGGCCAACAAGUCAGAAACUGAAAUGUGCGCUAUGGACGAAUGUCCUUUGGAUCCCGGUGGUUAUUUCAUCGUAAAUGGAACAGAAAAGGUCAUAUUGGUCCAGGAACAACUAAGCAAGAACCGUAUUAUUGUUGAAGCAGACAACAAAAAGGAAUUGAUCACAGCCUCGGUGACCAGUUCUACCCACGCCAGAAAGUCGAAAAGUUAUAUCGUGCUCAAAAAGGAUCUAUUGUACAUGCGACACAAUAUUCUGAAUGAGGAUGUCCCCAUAUGCAUCUUGUUGAAAGCCAUGGGAGUAUCCUCUGACUUGGAUAUGAUGGGAAUCGUUGCUGGGAUCGAUAGUAAACUUCAGGAAGAUUUCGCCAUCAAUUUCGAGGAGACUAUCAAACAUCAAAUUCAUACUCAACAGCAAGCACUCGAUUAUCUAGGCGCAAGAAUCAAGAUCACACGAAAACCCACCCCCUUUGGACAAUCCCGCAGAAACUAUGUACAAGAAGCACUAGAGGCUGUCAGCAGUGUCUUCAUUGCACACGUUCCCAUCGAAAAUCUGAACUUCAGACCCAAGGCGAUUUAUGUUGCACAUAUGGCUCGCCGCGUGUUGAUGGCCAAGCAGAACCCUGCCCUCGUUGACGAUAGAGAUUAUGUUGGCAACAAACGCCUCGAACUCGCUGGCCAACUUCUUUCUCUACUAUUCGAAGAUCUUUUCAAAAAGUUCAACUAUGAUAUCAAGAUGAAAAUCGACAAGGCACUUCGAAAGCCCAAUAAGACAGAGGUCGUUGAUCCUUGUGGUACCAUGAUGGGCGCCUCCGUGUCCAUCACACAAGGUAUGAACAGAGCAAUUGCCACGGGCAACUGGAAUUUGAAACGAUUUCGCAUGGACCGCGCAGGUGUAACGCAUCUGCUGAGCCGCCUGAGCUUCAUUGCUUCGCUCGGAAUGAUGACCAGAAUUUCGAGUCAAUUUGAAAAGACUCGAAAAGUCAGUGGUCCUAGAGCCCUACAACCAUCCUCCUUCGGUAUGCUUUGCCCCGCUGAUACUCCAGAGGGUGAAGCAUGUGGUUUGGUCAAAAAUCUUGCUCUAAUGACCCAUAUCACCACCGAUGAUGAAGAGGCACCCAUCAAGCGUCUUAUCUUCAUGCUUGGCGCUGAAGACAUUGUCAGUGUUGGAGGAACCGAAUUAUAUGGUCCGGGGGCAUACCUUGUCCUUCUCAACGGUACUCCUGUCGCGAGUACUCGACAGUCUUCCCUUUUCCUCUCUUCUUUCCGACGUUUACGUCGCUCGGGCAGAAUUUCGGAGUUUGUCUCUAUCUUCGUGAAUCAUCAUCAUAACACCAUUCAGAUUGCGACCGAUGAGGGUCGUAUCUGCCGACCCCUGAUCAUUGUUGAAGACAAGAAGUCCAAAGUGACAAAGAGAUAUCUCAAAUCCCUGCGACAGGGUUCCAUGGACUUUGAUGACUUCUUAGCCAGGGGUCUUGUGGAAUACCUGGACGUCAACGAGGAAAACGACAGCAACAUCGCAAUGUAUGAGUCCAAUAUCAAUGCCACCACUACUCAUCUCGAAAUUGAGCCGUUCACGGUAUUGGGCGCUGUAGCUGGCUUGAUUCCCUAUCCUCAUCACAACCAGUCUCCACGAAAUACUUAUCAAUGUGCUAUGGGUAAGCAGGCAAUAGGCUUUAUUGCCAACAAUCAAUUUUUGAGAAUCGACACACUCCUCUACCUUAUGGUUUAUCCGCAAAAGCCACUUGUGAAGACGAGGACGAUUGAGCUAGUCAAGUAUGAUAAGCUCCCUGCAGGACAAAAUGCUACAGUUGCUGUCAUGUCUUACAGUGGCUACGAUAUUGAAGAUGCUCUCGUACUGAACAAAGCCUCCGUCGAUCGCGGUUUCGGACGAUGCCAAGUACUACGAAAAUAUCCAGUCAGUCUCAAGCUUUAUCCGGGAAGCAAUGUCAAGGAUAUCGUUGAGCCACCAACGAUGGACAACGGAGUUCCGAUCAAAGCGCAUGCAUUACUUGAUGUGGAUGGCAUUGCAUCUGUUGGGGCGAAAGUCAGUCACGGAGAGGUUUAUGUCAACAAGUACGUCCCAGAGAAUGCUUCAGCCUCUACACUUUCCGACAGUGGCACCAAUGGCCCGGCUAUUCCUCAGCCUCAAAAAUAUCGACUUCCAGAUCCCAGCUACAUUGACAAAGUGAUGGUAUCUGAACAAGAGUCAGGAAAUCAACUGAUCAAAGUUCAAACCCGCCAGACCAGAGUUCCAGAAGUUGGUGACAAAUUCUCUUCACGCCACGGACAAAAGGGCGUGGUAGGAAUUAUUGCUGAGCAAGUCGACAUGCCAUUCUCAGAUUUGGGCAUUACUCCAGACAUUAUCAUGAACCCUCAUGGUUUCCCUUCCCGAAUGACGGUCGGGAAAAUGCUGGAACUUGUCUCCGGCAAAGCCGGUAUUCUCAAAGGUCAAUUUGAGUAUGGUACGGCAUUUGGAGGCAGCAAGCUUGAAGAUAUGUCGCGAGCUUUGAUCGAAGCCGGGUACAGCUACGACGGCAAGGACUACUUGACGUCUGGUAUCACUGGAGAACCAUUGCCAGCAUAUGUCUUCACCGGGCCGAUCUACUACCAAAAGCUCAAACACAUGGUUCAAGACAAAAUGCACAGUCGAUCUCGUGGACCGAGAGCAAUUCUCACACGUCAACCCACCGAAGGUCGUUCCCGAGACGGAGGUCUGCGCCUAGGUGAAAUGGAGCGUGACUGCCUCAUCGCAUACGGCGCGUCGCAGUUGCUGCGAGAGCGACUGAUGCUUUCCAGCGACAAACAUGAAGUCGACGUCUGCGAGUCCUGUGGGUUCAUGGCUUUUGGGCGCUGGUGUCAGCGCUGCAGCAGUGCAGGUGAGAAGGGCUCGAACGUCGUCCGUAUGACUCUUCCCUACGCCUUCAAGUUGCUGCUCAACGAGCUGGGAAGUAUGAAUGUUAACACCAGACUUAUCGUCACCGACGAAUUUCCCGACGAUGGUUCGAGACGAGCUUGA